CCGCGGUUCGCGAUUACGAAGUCUCCACCGACCUGGGAACUCAGUUUCUCCCCAGACCCCGAGGAUGCGGGUAUGCGGGUCAUGGCGCCGCGAACCCUCCUCCUGCUGCUCUCGGGGGCCCUGGCCCUGACCGAGACCUGGGCAGGCUCCCACUCCCUGAGGUAUUUCCACACCGGGGUGUCCCGGCCCGGCCGCAGUGAGCCCCGCUUCAUCGCCGUCGGCUACGUGGACGACACGCAGUUCGUGAGGUUUGACAGCGAUGCCCCGAAUCCGAGGAAGGAGCCGCGGGCGCCGUGGAUGGAGCAGGAGGGGCCGGAGUAUUGGGAUCGGGAGACGCGGAUCUCCAAGGACGACGCCCAGACUCUCCGAGUGAACCUGAACAUCCUGCGCGGCUACUACAACCAGAGCGAGGCCGGGUCUCACACCCUCCAGGAGAUGUACGGCUGCGACGUGGGGCCGGACGGUCGCCUCCUCCGCGGGUACAGACAGUUCGCCUACGACGGCGCCGAUUACAUCGCCCUGAACGAGGACCUGCGCUCCUGGACCGCGGCCGACGAGCCGGCUCAGAUCACCAAGCGCAAGUUUGAGAUGGUUGGUGCUUCGGAGCGCAACAGAGCCUACCUGGACGGGGCAUGCGUAGAGGGGCUCCUCAGAUACCUGGAGACCGGAAAGGACACGCUGCAGCGCGCAGAUCCUCCAAAGACACAUGUGACCCAUCACCCCAUCUCUGACCAUGAGGUCACCCUGAGGUGCUGGGCCCUGGGCUUCUACCCUGAGGAGAUUUCACUGACCUGGCAACGUGAUGGAGAGGAUCAGACCCAGGACAUGGAGCUUGUGGAGACCAGGCCUUCAGGGGAUGGAACCUUCCAGAAGUGGGCGGCCCUGGUGGUGUCUUCUGGAGAGGAGCAGAGAUACACGUGCCAUGUGCAGCACAAGGGGCUUCAGGAGCCUCUCACCCUGAGAUGGGGUGAAAAAGGAGGGAGCUACGCUCAGGCUGCAAGCAGUGACAGUGCCCAGGGCUCUGAUGUGUCUCUCACGGAUCCUAAAGUGUGAGACAGCAGCCCCGUGGGGACUGAGUGAUGCACGGUCCCACUUUGUGGCUUCAGAUCCCGUGACUCCUCUUUCUGCAGCUGCAUCUGAAUGUGUCUGUGUUCCUCGUAGCAUAAUGUGAGGAGGUGGGGAGACUGGCCCACCCCUGCCCACCACGACCCCUCCCCACCCUGACCUGUGUUCUCUUCCCUGAUCCACUUGCCUGUUCCAGCAGAGGCAGGGCUGGGCCACCUCCAUCCCUGUCUUAACUUCAUGUUACACUGAGUAAUAAUGUCUUAUAUCCUUAUUGAAAAUAAAAUCCAUAUAUAUGAA